CUCGAUGGCCGUUGAGAUUAUAAGUGGCCCACGCAGAAGUCUUCUUAACUUGCAAAGCUUCAUCAUACACACGGACUUGAAAAAGUGAUAUCCCCGAUAAGUCCGAUCCACUGGGAAAUGCCAACAGCAUAUAUGUCGAGAAUGGCAUGUGUCUGGCUCCUCACUAUCAACACACAGCUAGCAGGACUGCGCUCUCGUUGAAACAACAAACAUGUCGAAGAACCACCCAGCCCUCAGUCGUUACCGCCAAUUGGCGCCAACCGCAUCAGUCAGAGUCUCUCCUCUCUGUCUCGGUGCGAUGACCUUUGGCGAUAAGCAGCAAGAGAGAUAUGGCAAAAUCGACAAAAAGACCGCUUUCGACAUCCUCGAUCACUUCUACAAUAACGGGGGCAAUUUCGUGGACACGGCAAACACAUACCAAGCAGGACAAUCUGAAGAGUGGGUUGGCGAAUGGAUGGCUAGUCGGCAGAACCGGGAUGAGAUCGUUCUGGCAACAAAGUACACCAGCGCCUACGCUCCGGCCCAACAGAACAUCAUCAAGGCGAACACUGGAGGUAAUGGGGCUAAAUCGAUGAAAUUGUCCCUGGAGCGCUCACUGCAAAGGCUCCAAACGUCCUACAUCGACCUAUUCUACGUCCAUUGGUGGGACUACACAGUAUCAAUUCCGGAACUCAUGCACGCAUUGAACGAUCUUGUUGUGGCGGGCAAGGUCUUAUAUCUCGGCAUUUCUGACUGUCCAGCCUGGAUUGUGAGCAAAGCAAAUCAGUAUGCUCGCGAUUAUGGACUCAGACAAUUUGCCGUGUACCAGGGGAUGUGGAAUGCCGCGAUGCGAGACUUCGAACGCGAAAUUAUUCCAAUGUGUCAGGACGAGGGCAUGGGAUUAUGCCCGUACGGAGUGUUGAACCAGGGCAGAUUCCAAACGAAAGAGGGCUUCCGUCAGCGAGAACAAAAUAACGAAGGCCGAAACUUCAUACAAACUUCUGAUCUGGAUCGCAAGGUUUCCGCUCACCUCGAGAGUCUCGGCGAGAAGAAAGGCGUUCCUCUAUUGAGUAUCGCGCUUGCGUACUGUCAGCAGAAAGCUCCAUACGUUUUCCCUCUCAUCGGUGCUCGAAAGGUGGAGCAUUUGCAAGGAAGUAUCGAUGCGCUGAGCGUACACCUGAGCGAAGAAGAGCUUGCUGAGGUGGAUGAGGCUUAUCAUUUUGAUCCUGGCUUUCCACACACAUUCUUGAGCGGUACCUUGUUCGAUGGAUCUAAGCCGCGAGCUGCCAAAUCGGCGGGAGAUGUUUGGCUGACGAAGACGCUUGGUGACUUCGAUUGGGUGGAGCCUGCAAAGCCUAUCGGAAGGAAGGAGCAAGAUUGACAUCACAGGAACAACAGUGGAUGUGGUCACGAAGACUAUACGAAUAGCGACAGAGACAAGCAAUUGUUUGUAGGCAAGUUUCUGCUAGACACGAAGCUACACAUUCUUUCAAUCCCAC